AUGUCGUCUAACUAUCUAUGUAACCAAACGGGAAAUUGUCCUGUAUGUCAAGAGGUUCUAAUGGUUCGAAAUUUUGGAACACAUUGUAACAAUAAACAUACACUAUUAUCAUCUAAUGAACGUCGCAACGCUUUGAAAACUUUAAAAGAAGAAUGUUCAAGAAAACGUACAGCAAAACAAGCAAAUUCAUCUAAUAUACGUGAUUUUUAUUUUGCAAAAAAACCUCGUAUUUCACAAACAGAUCCAAAAGUAUUAAAUGACAAUAAUAGUGAAGUUGUUAAUCCAGUUAUUGACAACACAUUAGCAAAUACUAAUGAAAUCAGUGCAUCUAAUGAUGGUUCAAUAACAAUAACAAAUUAUUUUAAUAUUAAUAAUUAUGAUGCAUCUUUGGACAAAAGCAUUAACAGCAACAACUUCAACGAUGAUACAAUAAUUAGGAAUACUUCUAUUUCAUCACCAUUUGAUGUUUUAACAAAUACACCUGAUAAAUCUGACGAGGAUGAUAACACAACGGAGAGUAUGGAUGCAUUUAAUAACAAUAGAACAUUUGAUAAUGUUAGCGAUAGUUGUAAUAAUAAUGAUGAUAAUAGCGAAGAUCGUGGAACAAGAAUUCACAAUGAUAGUGCUGAAGACGUUGGAUUUACAGAAGAUAUAUUGCAUGAUAAGAAAACAUCUCGGCCAACACCUAUGAAAACAAGUAUACGUGGAGUAUUAUUUGUAAAUGAUUAUGAAUUAGAUUAUGUAGAUAAACAACGAAGUUGUUUUCCAAAUAUUAACUGGGAACGUGAUACACAAAAAAACAACAGUAAAACACAUGGUAAACCAAGUUCAACAUGGUGGUCUGGUAGUCGUCAACAAUGGUUAAGAGCUGUUUGUACCAAUAACAUUUAUGGAUUAUUAUGUUCUGUUUGUGCACAAUAUACAACGUAA